ACGCGUCCCACAUACGCGUCGGUGCACUAAUUGCGUACUCUUGUCCCUUGCACUUGCCGCGCCUGUACACCUCCCCUCCAACAUGUCUUCAUCAAUGGCUGUCGACAAGCCAAAAGCACCAAAGAUUGAUAUUGACGAAUACCUGACGCUUGCCAUCUCGGGCACACCAGCAGACCUGCAUCCGUUCUUCGAGUCGUUCCGGAAUUUGUACAGUCGUAAGUUAUGGCAUCAGUUGACGCUGAAGCUGUUCGAAUUCUUCGACGACCCGCUAUCGAAGCCGUACCGAGUGGAUGUAUAUGACAAGUUCGUGCGGGACUUCGACUCGCGGCUGAACCAGUUGCGGCUAGUAGAAAUGGGGGUGAAGGUGUCGAAGGAGAUUGACAAUCCUCAGAAACACCUCGAGUUCUUGACCGACCUGCUUACACGCGUGGAUACGGGAAAGGCACCAGAAGCGCAUGUGCUUCUGCUAGCGAGUAUUGCGCAUGCAAAGCUGCUGUAUGGUGAUUUGGAGGGGACGAAGACCGACAUCGAUGGCGCGUGGAAGAUCUUGGACGAGCUAACGGGCGUGGAUAACUCUGUGAACGCCGCCUACUAUGGUGUUGCUGCAGACUACUACAAGACAAAAGGAGGCUACGCCGCUUACUACCGCAACUCCCUGCUGUACCUGGCAUGUAUUGACCCCGCCAAGGAUUUGACGCCUGAGGACCGCCUUGUGCGCGCGCACGACCUCGCCGUAUCGGCAUUCUUGGCGGAGACGAUCUACAAUUUUGGUGAACUCCUGAUGCAUCCGAUUCUGGACGCGUUGGACAACACGCCUGUGGAGUGGCUGAAGAAACUGCUCUUCACGUUCAACGAGGGAAACAUCGGCAAGUUCGAGGGUCUCUCACCACUCUUUCCGCAGGAGCCGAUCUUGCAGGAAAACUAUUCCUUCCUCCGGCAGAAGAUCUGCCUCAUGGCGCUGAUCGAAUCGGUGUUCAAACGCGGCGCAAAUGACCGGACGAUGUCGUUCCAGACCAUUGCGGAGGAGACACGGCUGCCCCUCAACGAGGUCGAGCACUUGCUCAUGAAGGCGCUGAGCCUGAAGCUGAUCAAGGGCUCGCUCGACCAGGUUGACCAGAAGGCGUACAUUACAUGGGUGCAGCCGCGAGUGCUCUCGGUCGAGCAGAUUGGACAGUUGGCACAGCGGCUGGCUGCGUGGGGCGACAAGCUGCACAAGGUGGAGGACCGGAUUGCCCCCGAGGUGCUUGUCAGCGGCUGAUCUUCAUACACGCGCAAAUGUUGUAUUGUACUCGCGUCAUGGACCUAUUUCUCGCUGCCAUAGCCUUUUGACAACCUGGUACGGAUUCGAUGAGCACAUCGGUCAGUUGUCGGUCAGCAAUACAAAUACAGAUCGGCGCGACGACCCGAUACCCACCUGCUACAGAACGAGACCAGACACGCAGAUAGCGAAGCCGACGAGCCCUCCCACGGCUGCAUAACGCUGCGUGCCCAUAGAUGCUGAGGCCGUGAUACAUUCAGUACUUAUCCCCACUGGCCCGGGCAAG